CUUUUUAUACCCGCAAGUCCACAUCAAUUGACUCCACUGGACAAACUUUACCUUAGGCGAUUUUGCCACUGGAGUUCUGAGUCCGCCGCGUCGAAGCUCGUCGCUUGCUAAAAUGCUUCCUAGGCUCAUUCAACAUCAUUAGGACCAUAUACAUGCCUCCGCCUAGCAUAUAGCGCCACUUAGCGAGCGGACGACAUUUGGAGGAAUGCGGGAGCGAAAUGGCUCGCCGCGGCCGAGAUUGGGAGGCUUGCUACUUUAUUGUAGCUUGGUGCUGUUAAUAGGCACGGCUUCGGCGCAGACGGCGCGCCCACCCCAGCCACCUCGCCCACCGCCAUCACCCAAACCGCCUUCACCACCGCCCUCUCCGUUUCCAUCGCCGCCUCCGUCGCCAUUCCCGCCUAGCCCAAUGCCUCCCAGCCCGUUGCCGCCCCCACCACGGCCACCGCCUCCAUCGCCAGGGCCGCCGGAUCCGCCCGCUCCGCCAUCGCCCCCCUCCCCACCGCCGGCACCCCCUUUCGUGCCGCCAGCGCCGCCGCGGCCACCUGCAAACGACACCACCUAUACCUUCAUGACCAACACCGCCACCUACGCGCUCUACCGCAAUCGCGCCUCCUGGACCACGGCACUGGAGGUGUGCCGCGCGCGCGGCUACACGCUGGCCUCCUGGGCCGCCUCCAACCAGGAGCUGUACGACAUCUUCAACGGCGGCUGGGACUACUUCUACGCCGCCGAGUUCUGGGUGGGCGUCGUCAGGCGUGCCAACAAAACCGUGUACGAGUUCGCGGACGGCGGCGCAGUGCCCGCCAUUGACGGCACGCCCGUGGACGACUACAUCGUGCUGGCCGACCCCGACUGCCUCACCGACAUCCGCGGCUGCUGCGCCACGCUGACGGACCGCAUGGUGGGCCCCUUCCUGGGCGGCCUGCAGACGCCGCGCAGCCCCAAGCUGGUCGUGCGCAACUGCCUCACGCAGUUCAUGUACCUGUGCAAGGGGCCGCUGCCGCCCAGCCCGCCGCCGCCCAGCCCGCCCGCCCGGCCGCUGGCUGGCAACGUGGUGCUGCGUUUCACCAUGGACUACGUGCAGCUGACCACUGUGGCGGGCCGCACGCAGCAGUUCCGGCAGGCGGUGGCGGACAAGGUGGCGGCCGAGUACAGCGAGGCGGGGACCACGGUGAACGUGUACGAGCUGUACCAGGACACGGCCACUGACGGUGCCGUGGUGGUGAAGCUGCUGGUGGGGCUGCCCAGCUCCAUAAACGAGAACUCGGCCGCCAACUAUCUGUUCCGCCUGGUCAACACGCCCUCCAUCAUCUUCGACAACACCUUCCGCUCCGAGUACCUCAUCUCCACGCCCAUCAUGGCCUCGCUCGCCAACACCAUGGAGCUCAACUCGCCGCCGCCCUCGGGCGUGCAGCAGCUGGCCUCGGGCGGCGCCAGCGAGCAGGACAAACGCAAGGUGGGGCUCAUCGCGGGGCUGUGCGCGGGCCUGGGCCUGGCGCUGGCCAUGGGCGGCGUGGCGGCCUACGUGGUGCUCAAGAAGCGCCGCGCCUCCAUGCGCAAGAUCCAUGAGAUCCACUAAGGGCCGUGGAAAGGCGCCAAGGGCACUGGGCGCACUUGGGUGUGGUGCCCAGGUAGGUGCGACCUUGAGGGCGGCGUCCACUGGAGUGAAUGGAUGUGUGUGUGUGUGUGUGUGUGUGUGUGUGUGUGUGUGUGUGUGUGUGUGUGUGUGUGUGUGUGUGUGUGUGUGUGUGUGUGUGUGUGUGUGUGUGUGUGUGUGUGUGUGUGUGUGUGUGUGCUGAGCCAGUGGGGCGCGUGUGUGCAGUGCGUGCCCCGCUGGUCGAUCGGGCGUGUUUGGGGUGUCGGGGAAGGCACGCAGGGACGUGCGCGCUGCUUGGCAGCUGUGGUUGUGCUCGCUCGUGGUCUCCGUGCCUAAUAUUAAAAAAGACAGGCCAUCUGACGCACCAGAACUGACGUUCAGUACAACCAUCACACGACUAGCAACGUUGUGGCGUUGCGCUACCGGUAUUCAUCCAUCAACUAUGGACCCAAGCGCGGGGUGUGGGACGUAACAGGAAUGCACGUUUUUGUAGAAUAUUUAUGCAAACCAAUCAGCUGAGGGCGAACCAAGCUGCACACGCGCAUGCGCGCUGAUUCGGUGAUCGUGUGGAUUCUGAGCUGCACGCCGGCCGUGGCGUGCGCACGUUGCAGACCGGCGCUUGUAUCUGUGAUCCGCUUUGAACGCACACGGCUGCGUGUGCCUAGGUGGCGGCCGGGGAUACCCCACGUGUAGUACGGGCGGCGUCUAUCAGUGGGUGGUUCGAUGCCGGCCGUGUGCGGGUGGCAAGCACGUGUCAUGUGGGUCGGCAAGCGUUUGUUUGCAACACGCGCUUGACCGGCGCAUCCUCUCGACUGCCCCUUGGCAUCGCCUCACUUGUUGAUUGAGCGGGUGUCGGCUCUUGCGCCCCCACACUUGGAGGCCAGGCACUGAUCCCAGUGUAGAAGAAAGGAGCAAGGGCAUUUAGUGAAUGUCAUUUACCAUGUGACGUGCAACGCGUAACUGCCGAGUAGGCAGGAGGUGCAAUUGGGCUGGCACAACCGGCGUGUUGUAGGAGCCUUGUGCUCCGAAUGGGUGGGUGUGCGACAGCAUCGCGCACUGGUUCGGCGUUGGCCGGAAAGCUGUGCGACCCGUGGCUUGAAAAGCAAUUCCUUUGUGCUUGGGCAGUAAUUAAUGCAUGGCGUGAGUGGCAGGACCAAUGUUGGCGUGUGACAGUGUGCGUGCGGCUUGUGGGCUCGGGGCAUGCUCAUGGAAAGGAGCUAAAUAGUACGCUUGCGUAAUGUGAUUGGUGUCGUGAGUGUGACACGAAUGAAGGUCAUGUGUGACUGCAGCAGAGCUUAUGUGUUACCCGCCGUGCACUGAGCGUGUCUGGAUACAGGCGACCGCGUUGGCUGGGGCUUGUGUCAGUGACGGAAGGGCAAUCCCGAAACUCCCAAAGAACUCCCAAGGAACAGGCGGCUGAGGAUCAUGCCUGCAUGGGCGGACACGGCGAUGGCGCCAAAUGCGCCACACGUGCGUUACGGCUAUGUAAGCACACCGUAUC